CGCAGCGAUGUGCGCGCGAGCCGUAACCGUCGUAUUCGCGCUCUUUUUUUGUGUUACAAACGCGAUUCAACAAUCGAGUUCUUUUACAGAUGACAGACUAUCAAAACUGUUAGCAUGCAGCCAGUCAAUGGGACCUAUGAAAUGUUUGACGGCGUUCAGUGCGUGGCGAGCGCGAAGAGCUGUCGAUUUAAUCGCAAACCAUCAAAGAACGUUCGAAGUAAACGAUGACCUAGUCCAAUUUCCUUGGGAAAAAUACGCCAAUCAAUCAGAAGAACAGGUGUACAGCGAUCUAUGCGAUGGAACAGAAAGUUUGCUGAGAUAUAGACAACUUGCUCUCGAUGUAAGCGGGGACUACACUCUGCGACUGGGAAGUAAAGGCAACGGGACGCUGAACGUCGAUGUUAUUAAAAGCGAUGGCGACACCGGCCGAGGUCACUUGAAGAAGAUGAAAAAAAAGUUCUUAAGCAUUAUACCUUUAUUGUUAGUUCCUGGACUGAUCAUGUCCGCAAUCUUGCCAUUUGUCUUGCCAGCGUUAAAAAUGAUGGUCAUAGCCGUCGGUAUACUGAACAACAUGGCAUUAUCCGGCGCUGUAUUCACAUUAUUAAGAAAUAACGCCUUCAACGAAGCAAAUCAACAUAGAAUUAUUUACGUCAACGAGGGAUACCACAACGAGAAACAUUACCCAAUACCAUCUGAUAUACAUCAUUAUCCAGCAACUGGUGAUAUUAUAGGUGAUUUAACGCCACCUGGCGGAGAAAAUAUUUUACUAACUGACGACACUGGAUUGAAAGAUGGUCCGAUACAUGCAAACUUGCCUUGGAUUGAUAACGGAGAUAUAACCAGUCACGUUUACUAUACGGAUACCAAAAUCAGACGUAACGGUCAAAACGUCGCCAAUGAGACUGUAGCAUAAUGUAUUUUGUUUAGUGUAAGACUUAUUUAUAUUGCCUAACCAAGAAUACCAAAUAGAGCCUGGGUCUGCUUCAAUCGCCUUUUAUUACAUAACUUUCAAAUGUGCCCAAAGGAAUUAGUUCCAUAAUUUUCCGCAAUUUGGCGAGGGUAUUUAAAUCCCCGGUCAAGCUAAUACUUAUUUUAAUAUAAGUAAAAAACGUUUUAGAUACUUUCCUUCUAGAAGAUUACUAAUAAAAUAAUGGCAAAAUACUGAGCAUAUUAGGAUCCUAUAAAGGUUAUGUAAUUGUUAUUAAUAAUUGUUAACUGUCAAUUCUAAUCAAAGCCUAAUUAAGGAAUCACGAAAAAAACAUGAGCAUCAUCCUCAAUAUUUAAUAAAUAAAAUAUUACAUCAAUCGACUUAGAAAUAAUUUGUUGUCAAUUUAUACUUAAGCUAACAGUCACCAUAUGAGGCAAUACCGCCUAUAACUAUCACAAGCUCGAAGUUGUGAACUUAUACUUGUUUAUCAGCACCAAUACAAUCGGUUACAAACAACUUUCAAAGUUUCCUUACAAUCUGCUACCCUUGAGAGAGUCAUAAAUAACCGCAUCACUAAAACUUCAAUAUACUUGUUUUGCACAGAUAACUGAAAAAAUCCAAAACGAUCGAUGUCAAAG